UAGUUCCGUACAUUUUGGCGGGAAAUCUAGUGUCAUUACAGAGCGCCAAAAUUCAUGAGUACGAUAUAAAACAACUAAACUAUUUUGUUUUACUAAGCCUGUAAUUUACACGAUGGUGCGAACGAAAGCUGACGGGUGUGCGGCAACUAGAAAGGUUGUCGCUGCUCGUGCUCCAAGGAAGAGUUUAGGAAGUUCCAACUCUGCGUCUGGCAGCAGCAGUUCAGGAGAAUCGCCCGCGGGUAAAGGUAAAUUUGCGGGAGGUAACCCGGUGUGUGUGCGACCGACGCCCGAGUGGCAGAAGGGGAUUGGAGGGUUUCUCGUAAAGAAGACCAAUGACGACAAAGAAAACGUAGAGACGGAAGAAGCUGCCUCUGGGUCAUCCAAUCACGUCGAGUGUGUUGAAGAAACAUCGGGGGCAUCAGGAUCCAGUAAAGAUGACUGAGUCUGUGUCUACCUGAGAACUGUGUAUAAUGAAAAGUACUGUAUAGAAACUACAACCAGCUCUUCCUUAGGAGGAUUUCAACUGAUCACUCCGUUUGGAAACGUGUUUGCCACUGCCAACCUGUAUAUACGUUGUUGUGAAUUGAGUUAUAAAAUUUUCAUUUGUG